AUGUUGAUCAAACUCUGUUCCGCGCUGCUCUCUCCCGUAGGUAAGCCUGCGGAGAAGAAAACUGAGAAGAAGGCCGAGAAGAAGCCGGCCACGGCAGCGUCCACCUCGAAGGUGACGAAGCCCGCGGCCAAGCCUGCUGCCGCGAAGAAGCCGGCGGCGGCUAAACCAGCAGCGGCCGCCAAGCCGGCCGCCAAACCUGCGGCCAAGCCUGCGCUCAAGCUCGCCAGCAAACCGCUGAUCAGCAAACCGAAGAAGAAUGUGCAGGCUGCCAAGAAGACCCCGAAGGGCGGCAAGCCGGCGGCUCCCCUUCAGAAGGCGCUCAAGGCGCAGAAGAAGAUCCUGAAGGGAGUCCACGGCUCCAGAGUGCGGAAGAUCAGGACGUCCGUCCACUUCCACAGGCCCAAGACCUUCAGGCCGCCGAGGAAUCCCAAGUACCCGCGCAAAUCCGUGCCGAACAGAAAUCGCAUGGACGCGUUCAACAUCAUAAAAUUCCCGUUGACGACGGAGGCGGCGAUGAAGAAGAUCGAGGACAACAACACCCUCGUGUUCAUCGUGCACACCCGCGCCAACAAGUAUCACAUCAAGGCGUCGAUCAAGAAGCUCUACGACGUCGACGUAGCGAAGGUGAACACUCUGAUCAGGCCGGACGGCAAGAAGAAGGCGUACGUGCGUCUGACGCGCGACUACGACGCGCUCGACGUCGCCAACAAGAUCGGCAUCAUAUAAUUUCUAUCUCGCUGUUUUUUUUUUUGCUUAGAAAUAACUUCCUGUAAUGAUAUAAUAAAAUGGUGGAGAUCCACGCAGGUC